AUGGGGGAGUUCAAUUUCAUUGUCUUGUAUGGUGCUGGGAUGCAAAUAUGGUUUAUUCUGGAGCCAAAAUCAGUUCUGUUUAAUGAGCAGGAGCAAAAGCUUAAUGACAGUGAGAGUGCGAUAGCUUCAAUGCAGACAUCCAAAGAAUACCUUGAGAAACAGCUGGGCGAAGUGGAGAACAACAUUAGGGAGCUGCUUCAACAAGAUCCAGGGCUUGCGCGUCAGAUCCUCUCAAUGACCGUUCAAUGA